AUGUCACUAGGGCUGACAGAAUAUAAAGAGCUUGAAGUUUGUCAAGACAAAAUUAUCAGUAUACGAGAAGCUGCAGGAAUGCAGUCUGUUUCUACUAUAACUGGCACCAAAUGUAAUUACAAGAGUGAAUGCAAAAAUAAUUCUUGUAAAU